UAUAGGGGAGUGAAAGACAUAUUACUCCACAACCUGGAGUGUGUCUGAGCAAGAGAAAGCGCGGUCUCAUUGAAGACACGGAAAAGAACGUAGUCGUUCUGUUGUAAAUGAUAAGCAAAGUGUCGAGAAGAGACGCAGGACUUAAGCAGCUUUUUGAUCUCGGGACGUCAUCGAAAGACCGGUUUAUUGAAGAGGGAAAAUAACCAGAUCUGUUUUUUUUAACCAUCUGAGAUGGAGGGAGAGAUAAAAGAAGGGAGGAAGAUCCAGUUUUCUGUUCCCUCCGCGGGUCCGAUUCAGCUCGACCCCAGACAAGUGGAGAUGAUUCGGCGUAGAAGACCGACACCAGCCACGCUGUUCCGCAUGACAGAUCACCCGUCUCCGGAGGAAGAGAAUCCCAGCUUUCCGUUGUUUGUUUGUGAAAAUGGAGUUUCAAAGCCCAAGAAUACGGACACAAGCAUUUAUCAACCUCCUUCACUCAAAGCAGUUCAAAAGAUGGCACAAGCUCACAUCAAAACUCCAGACACUCCUUCAUCAGAAUCAUCCGACAAUGAAGAUGUUUCUUCAGAUGCUCCGAGAGAUCCACCAGAGGAAAUAAAAUCUGAGAAAUCAGAGUGUCUGUCAUCAUCGGGGGGAUUGGCUGAAGUGAAGAAAGGAGAAGAGGAAGCAGAGAAUUUAAGAGCAGAAAACAGGGAUAGCGAGGAAGAAGGGGAAGAAUGAGAGCUGAUGAGGUACAAACCAGACAGGAAACUUAAGAAGAAUUACAUGACAAUUUUAUGAGAAGAAAUAAAUAUUUUUAUAAACAUGAGGAUAGAAACAGAGAGAGAGAGAGAGAGAGAGAGAGAAAGAGAGAGAAAGAGAGAGAGAGAGAGAUACUUUGUGUGGGUGUGAGACAGAGAGAAAGGUCAUGUUGAAGGUCAGUAUAUAAAUUAGUGAAGAAAGAGAAGCUGUUCAAGUUAUUAAUAUGGCACAAUCGAGCAUUAUAUGAAGUAAAAUAUGCACAUGUUAAUAAAAUUUUUAUUAAGGCCAUGAUUUAUUUGCUUUUGGUCCAAAAGUAAAGAAUGACUAUAAUUUCGUCAGGGACCAAAUACAAUAUUACACAUGAUUACAGAACAUUACACAACGAUAGAAAAUGCUUCUGAUUAUUUAAUUUGAAUGUCAUUUUUAAGCAUUGAUGCCUGAGGCCUUUAUCCAUAAAUCAUUUAUUUUAUGUCAUCCAUGAAGUCUGUAAUAACUAACUUGAUAAAUUGAGCACAAAAAGUUUGUUUCCUGUUUUCU